GUGCUGCACAUUUGUUGUCUUGCGAGCUUUCUUUGUGCAGCAGCUCUGCUUGCAUGGACAUGUACGUGUGGUUGACUUUACUUGUGGCUGGGCUGUGUGUGCUGCCCUCCGUGCUCAGGACACUGUGUCCAUACUUGAUCCAGGACUGCGCAUACAUCUUGCAUGCUGCGCGCUUUGGACUGCGCCUGGAGCUCUACAAGAGGAGAGCUCGCUUUUACAGCAUUCUCGACGGCUUUCUGGAUGGAGUGAGGAAACAUCCACACAAACCCUUCAUCCACUUCAUGGGAGAGACGCAUUCGUAUGCGGACGUGGACAAGGAGAGUAAUAAAGUGGCUCGUGCUUUGCAGAAGGUGGCUGGACUGAAGGAGGGUGACAUUGUGGCCUUGUUCUUAGGCAAUGAGCCUUGUUUUAUCUGGGUCUGGCUCGGUCUGGUUAAACUCGGCUGUGCUACUGCUUUACUCAACUUUAACAUCAGAUCCAAAUCCCUUCUGCACUGCUUCUCCUGCUGUGGUGCAAACGUGCUUAUAGUAGACCAAGAGCUCUGUGGUGCCGUUGGAGAAAUUUUGCCUGCUUUGAAAGAGAAACGCAUCAGCGUGUAUGUGCUCUCUGAUGCAUGCAGCACAGAUGGCAUUAAGGGCAUCUCUCAGGCCAUCACACAGGCACCUGAUGAAGCGCUGUCUCCAUCACUUAGGGCUAAUGUUAAAUUCAACAGCACAGCGCUGUACAUCUACACAUCUGGAACCACCGGUCUGCCGAAAGCAGCCACAGUGACUCACGAGAGAGUUUGGGCUGCUUCAUUCAUCCAGGGUGUUUCUGGAGUCACCUCUGAAGACGUGUUUUACCUCAACCUGCCUCUGUACCACAGCGCUGGCUUCCUCAUAGGAUUCACAGGCUGUAUUGAGAGAGGGAAUUCUUUAGUUCUGCGGAGGAAAUUUUCUGCCUCUCAGUUCUGGGACGACUGCAGGAAGUAUAAUGUUACAGUGAUGCAGUACAUUGGAGAAACAAUGCGUUACCUCUGCAAUACACCAAAGAGAGACAAUGACCGAGACCACAAAGUGAAGAUUGCUAUAGGUAACGGUGUACGAGCAGACGUAUGGAACGAAUUUUUGAAUCGCUUCGGGAAUAUUUACGUCAGGGAACUCUAUGCUGCCACAGAAGGAAACAUCGGGUUUAUUAACUACACCACAAAGGUUGGAGUGGUAGGCCGUGUUAACUUCCUCCACAAGAAAUUCUUCCCCUACGCCCUGAUCAAGUUCGACAUUGAGAAAGAGGAACCUGUGAGGAACGCAGACGGAUUCUGUGUACCAGCAGCUCCGGGGGAACCUGGACUGCUGAUUGGGAAGAUCACCGUUAAGUCUCCAUUUGUUGGUUACGCUGGAAACAAGCAGCAGACGGAAAAGAAAAGACUCCGAGAUGUAUUUGUUAAAGGCGAUCUCUAUUUCAACAGCGGCGACUUGCUGAAAAUCGACCAUGAAAAAUUUGUCUACUUUCAGGAUCGGGUUGGAGACACGUUCAGAUGGAAAGGUGAAAACGUAGCCACAACUGAAGUAUCGGAUAUUCUCAUUAUGGUGGACUGCAUUGAGGAAGCAAACGUCUAUGGUGUCACAGUCCAAGGGCAUGAGGGGAGGAUUGGAAUGGCGGCUGUUGUGUUAAAAGAAGGGAAGGAGUUUGAUGGCACCGACACAUGUAGAGUCGUAGCCAACUACCUACCCGUUUAUGCCAGACCCCGUUUCAUUCGCAUUCAGAGUUCUUUGGAACUCACAGGAACUUUCAAGAUGAAAAAGGUGAAGCUGGUGGAGGAGGGCUUUGAUCCAGCGCUCAUUCGUGACCCACUCUACUUCCUUGAUCUAGUUGAAAAGAAAUACAUUGCCCUCACUCAGGAAAUUUAUAAUUCAGUGAUUUCAGGAGACACUAAACUAUAAGUCUGGAAAUGUAAAAAAAAAUAGGAGUAUACUUUUCAAAUGAACGGUGGUUUUGUGUGGCCUUGCGAAAAACAAUAGCUAAUGCUAAACUAGUUGCAGACUAAUCUCAGGGAGGUUCCUGGUUUCAUCUGUCAAGUUUUUAAUAUUGAACUAAUUUAGUAAACAAACUUUUAUGCUAUGACAAUGAUUAAUACAAUCUAGCAUGUUUAAUAUGAUUGUUUAAAUAAUGUAUGUUGUGUUUCAUAAGUAAUACAUGUACUGAUCACUCAAA